AUGGAUCCCGAACUUCUUCGUCAGCGUGCUGCAUUUCAAAAGCAUGCAGCAAGAACGGUGUCAGUACAACAGCGUUCCCAAAUACAGUUGCCGUCUCCAUCAGCUAGUCAUACAACUUACAAUGCUGAAGCAGCGAAGAAAAAGAAGAAACCAACAGUACAACAAAGUCCUAAGCCAGCCCCAGAAUUUGACUUCAAAACUACAGUCUCACAUAGUAAUGCUGCUAACUUUGGUACAAUGGCCAAGAUAGUGGAUUAUAUGAAGAAACGGCAUCUGAGUCAGCAACAGUGGCCGUUGUCUUUGCAAGAAAUUUUGGAUGAGCUCCAAGUGUACGAUUUGCCGAAAAGGUCAGAGGCUUGGUUGAGGGAGGCACUUCCGAAAAAUCCAAGAUUAACGUGCGAUGAAGAGUCGAAAUUCUGUUACAAACCUCCGUACAAAAUAAAGGGCAAGACGUCUUUGGUGGCAGUGGCCAAAAAGCACCAUCAAGACGUACGUGGUGGCAUUCUAUUGUCGGAACUGAACGAUUGUAUUCCAAAUGGAGAAAAAGUUCUGGAGGUGAGAAUUCGUGAGCGAUCUUUGCAUUAA